AUGCGAGUCGGGGAUCUGUAUAAUUUCCAGAUGUAUCACGAGGGACCUUUGCAGACAAACAGCACGGUGAACUCAGAUUAUGGAGCUCCAGAUGUGACCAACUACUUCAACCCUGCAAACUCUGCGCCAAAGGCAGAGAAAUGCGUGGCAAUACUGACCCACAGGAGAAAGAGGACUAACUUCACCCAGCAGCAAAUCGAGGUGCUGGAGAAAGUUUACUCGGAUACUAAAUAUCCUGACAUCUACCUCAGGGAGAGGCUGGAGGCUCUGACCGGGCUUCCUGAGUCCAGAAUUCAGGUGUGGUUUCAGAACAGAAGGGCCAAGUCUCGUCGCCAGGUGGGCUCCUCAGGGUCCAUGAAGGUCCCCACACCGCCAGCAGCGAGCCCAUUCAUCCAGGUCCAGAGCAGUAUGGGCCCAGAGAAAGUGUAUGACAACAAUCAUGGAGCCGAGGCCCAAAGGAUUGGAGGUUUUGGACUGGAGGACAGUUUCAGACCUUCCAUGCACCAGAGCACAGAUGACCCUCACAGCACCAGCAUGCCCGCCAAGCCCAGCAGCUACGAACACACGCCUGUCUCCUGCCUCUACGACAAGGAGGGGUCGAGAGCAAAGCCUGAUCAGAUGCAGCGGCACGAGCUGAGCGUCAACGUGCUGUGCUGUAACGUCCACCUGUAUCCCAAAGAGAACGAGCAUCAGCCCAAGAUGGAAGCCAACAUGCCCGCCAACCAGGGCCCGAAGGUUCUGGUGGAAUAUGACAACUUCCCCCCCAACAAGACCAUCGGCCCAGAGAUGAAAGUUGUGAUUCCUCCCAUUCCCUCGCAGAAUAACUUCAGCAGGUCAUCGCCGAAGGAUAAUGGAUGCCAAAUCCAGUAUCCACGCGUGAUGUCCACAGGAAAUCGGUUCAGCCACUUCUCCCCGAUCCACGCCACAGAGGCGCAGGACUUUACCGACUCUGACUCUGACUGGGAAAGCGAUGCCUUGAAGUUGGCAGGCUUUGGUGGCUUUAUGUGA